AUGUCCUUCACAUCAUUCAUCAAGCCAGAAUCCGAUACAUCUAACGUGAUCCCAGCUAAACCAGAACGUCUCAACUCCAACCUCGCCCAACGUUUCCUCCUCACUGACAAAGUCACCGUCAUAACCGGUGGAUCAGGUGCUAUUGGAAGUGCUAUUGCUGAAGGUUACGCCCAAUCUGGUGCCCACGUCGUCAUUUUAGAUUACGCUGGAGACAACGGAUUGUGUCAACACUUAUCCUCAACUUACAACGUCAAGUCCAAGUUCUACAAAGUUGACAUCACCUCUGCUGAACAAGUUGAAUCAGUUGUCAAUCAAAUCGUCGAAGAUUUCGGUACCAUCGAUGUGUUUGUCGCUAAUGCUGGUAUUGCCUGGUAUACUGGUUCCAUCUUGAACGAAGACUCCACCGUCGACAAGUGGACCCGUUUGUUCGAUGUUAAUGUCCAUGGUGUUUUCUACUGUGCCAAGUACGUUGGUAAUGUGUUCAAGAGAAAUGGUAAGGGAUCUUUUAUCAUCACUGCCUCUAUGUCAGCCCACAUCAACAAUGUUCCAAACUACCAAACCUGUUACAACUCCUCCAAGGCCGCUGUCUUGCACAUGGCUAGAGGAUUAGCUGUGGAAUUCUCUGGUUUUGCUAGAGUAAACUCCGUCAGUCCAGGUUACACCAACACUAAAUUGAGUGAACCUAUUCCUAAGGAACAAAGAGCCAAGUGGUGGGCAUUGACACCAAAGGGCAGAGAAGCCGAGACUGACGAAUUAGUCGGUGCUUACAUUUACUUGGCUAGUGACGCUUCUAGUUUCACUACUGGUGCUGAUAUCAAGGUUGAUGGUGGUUAUUGUGCUGUUUAA